UGGAGGCUUGGAACGCAACCAUGUUUGUGAAGGGCUAAUUAAGCUAGCAAGUAAGGGGAAUGGAGAGGGGCAUAUACUGAUGGGGCUCCUCUGCUUCUGUUUCAUUAUUUAGUGUGUAAGAAACGUGUCCAUAAAGGGUUUCAGCAUGAAUGUUCAUGCAGUGACGUCUAGUCGCAGAAUUGAAUGCAUAUUCUUCAGUGAGUUCCACCCAACUCUUGGACCAAAGAUAACCUACCAGGUUCCAGAAGAGUACAUUUCCCGGGAGCUCUUUGACACUGUCCAGGUUUAUAUAAUUACGAAGCCUGAACUGCAAAACAAACUUAUCACUGUCACGGCAAUGGACAAGAAACUGAUUGGCUGCCCUGUCUGCAUUGAAAACAAGAAGUACAGUAGGAACGCAUUGCUCUUUAACCUGGGUUUUGUGUGCAGUGCUCAGGCAAAAACCUGCGCUUUGGAGCCAAUUGUAAAGAAGCUGGCUGGAUACCUCACCACAUUGGAGUUGGAAUCUGGUUUUAUCUCCAAUGAGGAUAGCAAGCAGAGAUUGGUGCCCAUCAUGAGUAUCUUACUAGAAGGUCUUAAUACCACAGGAGAAUGUUCUCUUCCUAUAGAUGAAAGUAACACCAUGCACUUAAAGGUGAUUGAUUUACGUGUGGCCCCACCUACAGUCCAAGAAUAUGAUGUGCCAGUCUUCCUUGAAGAUAAGGAUGAUUUCUGCAAUGCACAAUGGGACUUGACAACCCAACAGAUCCUCCCAUACAUUGAUGGGUUUCGCCAUGUUCAGAAGAUCUCUGCCGAGGCUGAUGUGGAGCUAAAUCUAGUGCGGAUUGCAAUUCAGAACUUGAUGUACUAUGGUGUUGUAACAUUGGUUUCCAUAUUUCAGUAUUCCAAUGUGUACUGUACCACCCCUCGUGUCCAGGAGUUGAUUCAAGACAAAACAUUACAGGAGGAAUGUAUAUCUUAUAUCACCAAGCCAGGUCACAAACGUCCCAGUCUGCGUGAUGUCUUCGAGUUGUAUUGUGGUCUCAGCCCAGGCACUACAGUGAGAGACCUCAUUGCACGACAUGCCCAGCUGCUGCAGAGAGUGGACGAAAGGAAGCUUAUUCAGUUUGGUCUGAUGAAACGGCUGAUUCGGCGGUUGCAGAAAUAUCCAGUUAAGGUAUUUCGUGAUGAAAGAAGCCCACCUGCCCGUCUGUACACUGGAAAUCACAGUUAUGAUGAGAUAUGCUGUAAAACAGGGAUGAGCUAUCAGGAGCUUGAUGAAAGAUUGGACAGCGAUCCUAACAUCAUUGUGUGUUUGAAGUAGAAUUUGGACAAUUCUGGAGCCCAAAUGUACCAUUGAUACAUGAGGUCAUAACUGAAGCCUUUAUGUAUGACUGCAUAUGGUGUGAUCAUGUAAUACUGACACUAAAAGGAUGGUGUACAACUGACUUGCCAUGAGAAUCUCUGAUUCACUGAAAAUUUUAACUGAAAUGUACCUCACCUCUCAAGCGUCUGCAUGUAUCAGGAAAAAUCAUGCAGAAUAAAUCUUAGUUAAAAUUGACAA